UUCCACACUCCUGUUCAACGCUCGGAGGAAAAAUUGCUGCUCUGUGUGACAGUUUUACUAGUAAAUCCUUAAAAGAACAUGUUUUCCCUCCUCUGAUAGACAUGUUAAUUUAUUUUAAUUUUUUCAAAGCCCCAUUUCUUGUGGAUUUAAAGAAACCAGAGUUAAAGAUUCCUCACACAGUGAACUUCUACCUGAGAGUUGAACCUGGGGUGAUGCUAGGGAUCUGGCACACAGUCCCCAGCUGCCGGGAGGAGGAUGCCAAAGGGAAGGACCGUUGCUGGUACGAAGCAGCCCUUCGCGAUGGGAACCCAAUCAUUGUUUAUCUUCAUGGCAGUGCACAACACAGGGCAGCUUCUCACAGACUGAAGCUGGUAAAGGUGCUGAGUGAUGGUGGCUUUCAUGUCUUGUCUGUUGACUACAGAGGAUUUGGGGACUCUACGGGUAAGCCCACAGAGGAGGGACUGACUACGGAUGCCAUUCGUGUCUAUGAGUGGACCAAGGCAAGAAGUGGCAUCACUCCCGUGUGUCUCUGGGGCCACUCUCUGGGUACAGGAGUUGCAACAAAUGCUGCAAAAGUGUUAGAAGAAAAAGGAUGCCCAGUUGAUGCUAUUGUCUUGGAAGCUCCAUUUACCAACAUGUGGGUUGCAAGUAUCAAUUAUCCUUUGUUAAAGAUUUACCGGAACGUUCCAGGAUUUUUACGUACAUUUAUGGAUGCCAUGAGAAAAGACAAAAUAGUCUUUCCUAACGAUGAAAAUGUUAAAUUCCUUUCUUCUCCUCUUCUCAUCUUACAUGGAGAGGAUGACAGGACAGUGCCUUUGGAAUAUGGGAAAAAGCUCUAUGAAAUUGCACACAAUGCAUACAGGAACAAAGAGAGGGUCAAGAUGGUUAUCUUUCCUCCUGGCUUCCAACACAACCUGCUUUGUAAAAGCCCCACACUGUUAAUAACCGUGAGAGAUUUCCUGAGCAAGCAGUGGUCAUGAGUCUGGGAGGAGUGGAAAUCUUCAAUGAAGACUUGGUCCAAACACUACCUGUGAUGUGUAUUGUUUUAAGUAAAAUUGUACUGGGCUGGUCGGAUGAGCUGAAGCCAUUGACUUCUCUACAAAUCACUUGCCAUUUUAACAACAGAAAUCACGAAUGUUAGGCAGUAUGGAAUGUUCUUGUUUAUCAUAAUCUACUUUGUAAAACAUGCUGAAAUCUCACUGUGGAGAACCAAAAUUUGGUACAAUCUAGAUCCUAUCUAAAAAUAUGUAGUUAUCAAACAUCCUAUGGAUAUUUGUGAAUAAGGUAGUUGCUAUGGUCCGAAUGUCUGGGCUUGCCCCCCAAAUUAUGUUAAAACCUAAUCACCAAUGUGAUGGUUAAUAGGAGGUGGGACUGAGCUCUCAUGAAUGAGAUUAGUGCCCUUACAAAUUAUGACCAAAAGAGCUCUUCACGCCUCCUACUGUUUGAAGAUACAGUGAGAAGGCUUCAUCUGUGAACCACAAAGUAGCCCUCAUCAGACACUGAAUUGGCCAGUGCCUUGCUCUUGGAUUUUCCAGCCCCCAGAACUGUGAGAAAUAAAUUUCUAUUGUUUAUAAGCUA